AUGACAUCUCCUACCCGUGUUGUAUCGGGCAAUAGCACUGGCAAUGGCAUUGGCCAUGGCAAUGAAGUGUACAAUCUAUCAAAGCUACUUCAACAAUCAAGCGUGAGCUCAAGCUCAAAUACACAGUCAAUCAAUCCAUCAAACAACCUUCAACAACAACAACCAACUAAUGUUGCGGCGUCCAACAACAACAAAAUUGUCAACCCUACUGUACCAUCCACAUCCAACUCCACCUCAACUCAAUCAACAUCGCCUUCAUCGGCACCAAUCUCAAUACCUCCUCGAUCAUCCACACCGACAAUCCCAAUCAACCUCCCUAACUCUAACAACAACACCAAUACUAUCAACAACAGCAACACCAACACUAAUAAUAACAAUCAAUAUACAACUACACCGACAAAGUCACCUUAUAACACCUUUUCCUACGAAUCACCAUCAACGCCAACACUUUCCCCAUACCUCAGAUACAGCCCAUUCUCUCCAAGCAGCCCGACCAACCACUUCCAUCGCCAACCAAUACCAUCCCCGCCAUCCCCGAUACGUGUCGGCCAUCGUCCAUUGUUUGUUGAUGGUCCCAUAUUCACUUCUCCCUCCUCCCAUCCCUCCUCCAACAAUGCGAUGAUCACAAUGAUGUCCAACCUCAAGAUUGGACAUCACUCCCAAUUCUCACUCGACACACAUCCCAAUGGUGGAGGCUUUGGCGUGGGUGUUGGGGUCGGUGGCGGCAGCGGGCUCUCAUUUGGAUCAUUCCAAGAGUCGAUACUCAGUGGAAACAUGUCCAACACUCCAUCGACAGUGUUUGAUGGCUAUCUUGGCGACUUGGGUGUAAGCGGCAAGGACUAUCUUCCGCCACACAAGAAGAUACCCUACUCAGCGAUCUACUACCACGUCGACUACGAUGCUCCCUAUGCGGCCACAAUCGAACUUGGACCGAAAGGCUACCGAGUGCCACAAAAGGGUCUUAUCCAAUUGACGCUAUUUAAUCCCAAUCAUACACCGAUCAAGACAUUCCUGGUGAACUUUGACUUGACCAACAUGCCACCCGAGACCAAGACAUUCAUCAGACAACGUAUCAUCUCGGUCCCAGUCGACAACACAUCCUCCACAUCAUCCACAACAUCAUCCACAACAACAUCAUCAAUAAUAAUAAUGGAGUACUCAAGUAUGCGAUUCACCUUCGAUUCUUCAGCCCAAAGAAGAAGAAAUAUUACCUCUAUCGGAACAUUAGAGUAG